AUGGCCCCACCAGCAGCCUUGUGGUUUGUACAAAUUGAGGCGCAGUUUCACAACAACAGAAUCUCUUCCGACAACAGCAAAUUCAAUGCCAUAAUCGCUGCCUUGGAUCCUGAAAUCCUAAAUGAGGUUUCGGAUUUGGUGCAAACACCACCAGUCACUGACAAAUAUCCUGCCUUUAAAAAACAGUUAAUAGGGAGGUUUACUGAGUCCAAGGAGCGACAGUUGAAUAAGCUUAUAACAUCACUCGAACUCGGCGACAGGCGUCCUUCAAGUUUGUUGAGAGAGAUGAGAAGACUUGCGGGAGAAAAUGUUCCUGACGAUAUGCUCUCUACAAUUUGGAUGUCAAAAAUGCAGAACCACGUGAGGGGUAUUCUUUCUUCAAGUCUGGACAUCACUGCUUUAUCUAAGAUAGCAGACAACAUGUCGACAGCACCAAAUCUCGUUUUCGCUGCAGAGGUAAAUGAAUGUCGAAACAUCAAUUCCCUCGAUCAACGUCUGACAGAGGUAGAAUCUGCACUGUCUAGCCUUACAACACUUGUGCAAAGUCUCAAAGUUGGUCAAAACAUAUCUCAAACGCAGUCCUGA